CCAAACAGCCAGCAUCUCUCUGUUGUGACAACUGUGGCUUUCCUUGUCACUACUCUGGAAGUCCCAAGGAGAGCACGAUGGAGAAGAUUCUUCUGGGCGUCCUGCUCCUUACCACUGUCUCAGGAGGUGUGCCAGCUAGUUCAGACAUGACAGGGAAGGUGUUUAUUUUUCCUAAAGAAUCUGCUACAGCCUAUGUGUCCUUGAUUCCCAAGGUGAAGAAGCCACUGCAGAACUUCACGCUGUGCCUGAAAGCCUUCACAGACCUCACCCGCCCUUAUAGCCUCUUCUCCUACAGCAUUCCCUCCCAGGACAAUGAGCUUCUUCUCUUUGUCAAAAAAAUGGGGGUGUACAUGCUGUACCUUGGGAAUUCUGAGGUCACUUUCAAUGCACCCCCAUCUUCUUAUACCCCAACCCAUGUCUGUGCAAGCUGGGAGUCUGCCUCUGGGAUUGCUGAACUCCGGGUGAAUGGAAAACUCCUGGGGAGGAAGGGAGUAAGACAGGGGUACUCUGUGGGAUCAGAGGCUAAGAUUAUCUUGGGACAAGAGCAGGAUUCUUUUGGGGGACAAUUUGAUGCAAGUCAAUCCUUUGUUGGGGAGAUAUGGGAUGUUUCCUUGUGGGAUCAUGUGCUCCCUCUAAAGGAGAUGCUUGACUUGUGUAACAGUGGCAACAUCCUGAACUGGCAAGACCUAACUUAUGAAGAUAAUGGCUAUGUGGUGACUAAGCCCAAGGUGUGGACUUAGGUAUCAUUCUCUUCAGGCAUGAUUUAUGUUUAGUGAUAAUCACAUACUCUUUGAAAUUAAAUGCAUUGAUUUUA